AUGGAGGGAGACCCUGUCAGAACACACCCGUUUGGCCUCCAAGGCUUGGCCCCCGAUUCCCGUCCUGUGCCACCCCCAAGAAUCUGCUGCCUGAGCCAGUUGCCUCACUCGGCCGGCCUCAUGGAAAGAGAUAAAGAUGGGCAGAGAGAUUCCUUAGUGCUGCAUGCAGAAAGAGCCCGGGAUUAUCUGCACAAGACAGGAAGGUUCAUUGUCAUUGGUGGAAUUGUCUCACCUGUACAUGACUCCUAUGGGAAGCAGAUUAUCAUGAUCCCCGAUUGUCAAGGCAGCCUUUCUUUUCCUUUUCCCCACUGCAGGGUGGACCCCUGGGAAUGUUAUCAGGAUACUUGGCAGACCACCUGCAGUGUACUGGAACAUCACCGGGAUCUGAUGAAACGAGUGACUGGCUGCAUCCUCUCCAACGUGAACACACCUUCCUUGACGCCAGUGAUUGGGCAGCCUCAGAACGAGUCCCCACAGCCUAUCUAUCAGAACAGCAACCUCUCUAACAAGCCCACCGCAGCAAAGUUUUUGGGGAAGGUGGGAGAAAGCCUUAGCAGGAUUUGCUGUGUUCGUCCACCGAUGGAGCGUUUCACCUUUGUGGAUGAAAAUGCAAAUUUGGGAACAGUGAUGAGAUAUGAAGAGAUUGAGCUCCGAAUCUUGUUGCUGUGUGGAAGUGACUUGCUGGAGUCCUUCUGCAUUCCGGGCCUAUGGAAUGAAGCUGACGUGAGUUGUUACCGGAACAUGGGUGAAGCUGUGCUCUUUUCUUAG